CAUGACUUCCAGGAGGCAAUAAAGGGGGAUGGUGUGAGCUGACUGGGGCAGUUUUGCAGGCUGAGACGUAAUGUCAGAUGGAAAUGCAUAAAACGGGGGCGAUGUAGUUUACCUUUUAGUCAUACUGUCUUGAUAUCAUUGGAUGACGGGUGUCUCUUGCAGGUGUAAAGAUGAAUAAACAGCCUAGUAAGGAGUCCCUGAGGGACAAGGUGAAGGGGAUUUUUGGUCUCAAUCCCACCCGACCGCACAGCAAACAGACCGAGAGCAAACCGUCAGAGUUCAUCAUCACUCGAGACAUCCUGAAGGAUCUCACUCCAGAGUGUGGUCUACACCACCGCAUCAGAGUCAUCAACCAUGUUUGUGACCUCGCCAAGUCCAAGAAGUUUGAGGAGCAUGCCGUGGAGUCGUUAUGGAAAGCCGUGGAAGAUAUGAUGCAGCCUGAUCAGCCUCCAGAAGCCCGUCAUGCCGUACUGGUGCUGCUCAGAGCCAUUAUACAGGGACAGGGUGAGCGGUUGGGUCCUCUGAGAGCAUACUUCUUCAACAUCAUUUUGGACUAUCAGCCCAAUAACGAAGAUCUCGCUGGGAGACUGGAGGUGUUCAAGGCCCUCACGGAGAACGGGAAAGAUAUCACUUACUUGGAGGAAGAGAUGGCUCGUUUUGUCCUGCUGUGGAUGGACAUCGGUUUGUCCUCAGAUUUCCUGCAUGUUCUUGUAAACCUGGUCAAAUUCAACUCCUGCUACCUGGAUGAGAACGUCUCCCUAAUGGUCCAGAAAAUCUGCCUUCUGUGUAACAGGACGACCUCCUCCACAGAUAUUGAGGUUGCAUUACAGGUGUUAGACGCUGUGGUGUGUUAUAACUGUCUGCCCUCUGAUUCGCUGACGGUUUUCAUCAUCACUCUGUGCCGAACCGUUAAUGUGAAGGAGUUUUGCGAGUCCUGCUGGAAGUUGAUGCGUAAAGUGUUGGGAACUCACUUGGGACACAGUGCCAUAUACACCAUGUGCCAUAUCAUGGAGGAGAGGGUGUACUCUGAUGAUGCUGCUCUUUUGAGGGGUGCUGUGUUUUUUGUUGGUAUGGCCCUCUGGGGGGCUCACAGACUCUCUGCCCUCAAAAACACCCCCACACUGGUGCUGCCCUCAUUCUACAAGGCCAUGAGCUGUGCUAACGAGGUGGUGUCAUAUGAAAUUGUGCUGUCAAUCACAAGACUCAUCAAGAAAUAUGGCAGAGAACUACAGGUGGUGACUUGGGACAUACUGCUGUCCAUUAUAGAGAGACUUCUGCAACAGAUACAGACGAUGGGCAGUCCUGAUCUUAAGGUGAUCGUGUAUGAGUUAUUUAGUACAGUUGAAGAACUCUACGAGCAGAAUGACUUUCAUGGAUCUUCACAGAGAUUCUUCAACCUGGUGGAGAAAUGUGCUGAUAAACGACCGGAUGCGUCGGUGUUGACGUUGAUUUCCUACAGAGCUCAAUCCAUUCAGCCCGCUAAAGACGGAUGGCUGCAGAACCUCUUGAAACUCAUGGAGAAAUUUUUCAGGAAUGAGAGCCGUACUAUGAUCAGGAUAAAGGUUCUACACAUCCUCUCCUUUGUACUCAGCACAAACCGACAACUCUAUGAAGAGGAGCUGAUUGAAGUGGUGGUGAUUCCUCAGUUGGGUCAGAUUGCUGAAGAUCGAGAUCUGUCCGUCAGAAGGCAAGCCACACAGCUUUUGGUGGAUCUAGCAGAGGGCUGUAACACCCAUCACUUCAGCAGUCUGCUGGACAUCAUAGAGAAGGUUGCUAGUCGUCCAUUAACAAGCUCUAUGGAGGGAGAGCGAGACCUGUCAGUGGUGUCGCCCAUGGAAGAUGUCAGAACUGCCAUAAUGGGGCUGCUAGAAAUAUUACAGAGUAAACUGUACAGUCUGCCCGCCAGUCACGCCAGUCGAGUCUAUGAGCUGCUGAUUUCUCACCUGCAACUUCACUACAAGAACAAAUACUGCAGUGCUAUCGCAAGCUCCAUACGACUACAGGUUUUUGAUUUCUUGUUGAUGAUGAGGGCUGACUCUCUUCAUCGGCUGGGUGUUCUCAAUAAAGACAGAGUUCUGAGAUUCAGCCCAUAUUGCCACUGUGACAUGGGGGAGUCAGAGAAGAGAGUGACUGAUAAGAAGCCAACAGGAACUAUGUCACCACCGGCAGGAAGUCCCACACCAGCGGCCCAGUCCUCCUCCAUUCGCACUGCAUUUCUCCCUUACAGCCUGGCCUUCAAUGUGCUGCUACAGUGCCUGAAGAUGGAGACUGACUGGAAGGUUUUGAAGUUGGUUCUGGAUAAGAUGUCGUGCACAAUACAGUACAAAGUUCUGAUACUGACAUCACCGUGCAACACUGACCAUCUGUGCUCAACUCUCUGCGCCAUGGUGACCGAUCGUCUGAUAUCGGAGCGUUUGAAGAAAACUCCUGAUGGAUUCUCCAUUACUGAUGUUCAACUCGCUGUGGUUCCCGUUCUGACUGCACUUACCUCUUACCACAGUUACCUAGAACAAUCCAGACAGAGGGAGUUGGUUCAGUGUUUAGAGAAGGGUUUGAUCUACCGCUGUGCUAAACAGUGUGUGGUCGCUCUGACCAUGUGCACUGUGGAGAUGCCCGACAUCAUGAUUAAACUCUUACCUGCCCUUAUUGUCAAACUCACACACAUCUCUGCAACUGUCACCAUGGCAUCACCCAUGCUGGAGUUCCUGUCCACGUUGGUGCGGCUCCCGCAUCUGUAUGCUAACUUCGUUGCCGAGCAGUAUAUUAGCGUUUUUGCUAUUUCAAUGCCGUAUACUAACCCAUCAAAGUUUAAUCAGUACAUAGUGUCUCUCGCCCAUCAUGUGAUCGCCAUGUGGUUCAUCCGCUGCAGACUACCUUUCAGAAAAGACUUUGUUCAGUACAUCACAAAGGGUCUUCGUUCAAACGCCCUUCUGCCUUUUGACGACACACAUGAGCAGAGCAGUUUUAGAGCACGCAGCACCAGUCUGAAUGAGAGGCCCAAGAGUUUGCGGACGACCAAAGUGGCGAAGCAGGGCCCCAGCGCAAACUCUCCCAUUAAAGACCUGAAAGAUCUGUCGGCCAUGGACGCCUUCCGCUCACGAAGCAUCAGUGUAUCCGAGCACGCGGUGCGCAGGAUGCAGACAUCCAGCACCACCUGCAGUCUGGGCUCAGCUGAUGAGAACGCUGUGAUGCAGGCAGACGAUGCGUUAAAGACUGUCCACCUCGAGCUGACUGAGACCUGUCUGGACAUGAUGGCUCGAUACGUGUUCUCUAACUUCUCUGCCCUGCCCAAGAGGUCUCCCAUUGCAGAGUUCCUAUUAGCCGGUGGACCCAGUAUGACGUGGCUGGUUGGGAAUAAAUUAGUCACCAUAACAACCAGUGGCGGUUCUCGAACCCAAGCCCUCCUGGGUCUGGACAUGACGGAGAGACCCGGAGGAGGAGAAAUGACCAGGUCAGACCCAUCAUUGCACACUCGACAGACCAAAGAGGCUCCUGCUAAACUAGAGUCUCAGUCCAGCCAACAGAUCAACACCACUACUCGCCUCCGAGUCCGCUCCAUUUCAGGUGGUCAUGCACUGCGUGCCGGCCCAGCUCAGAGUCUGAGCCCCCUCGUGGCAUCUCCUGAAGUGGAGUACAGUGGCCCCCUGCCUCCGCCCGGCCCCCCACUGGAGGUCCUGGGGUCCCAGAGGGGAGGAGAAGACCACCGUCCACCAUCCACCUCUCACUCCUCCCCACCGCUCAAAGAGAAGUGCAGUCUGGCAGAGUUUGUGCCCAUGUUGACGCAGGGCUGGGCAGAAAUCUUCAUCCGAAGACCUUCAGGAAACACCAGCUGGCUGAUGUGUCUGGAGAAUCCUCCGAGCCCGUUCUCCUCCGAGCUGGGCAGUCUUCCCCUGCAGGAACUCUCUAGUGUCUUGAUGGCCUUGGAUGGGUUGCAGGAACCCCAGACUGAUGCCCCUGUUGCCCCCGCCGAUGCCCCCCAGCCUCAGAGCGAACCCUGCCUUAUCCAGUGCUCCAACACAGUGGGUGCUCUCAGCUCUCUCUGCCCCCGUGAUACACCCGGCAGGUUACACAGCAGUAUUUCCUGGGCAGACUCCGAGGUGGUUUUAGAAGAAAGGGGGCGGAGCAAAGUGGCAAUCUCACCAUCAGAGUCACAAGAGUUGGAAGAGUUUGUGGGCAUGCCCUCAGAGCCAAUUUUUAUAAGUGCCGUCAAGACACCAGCCGCUGUGCUCAGCAGGUCCUCCUCGACUUCCAGUCAGGAUGAAAAGUCGACCUUGGAGGAAGUGAGUGAGGGCGCUAUCCCCAUUGACCAACCGCCCUUGACCCUCUCCUCCCCUGGAACACAAGACCCGGACCUUACCUUCUCACAUUCUACAACCCUCAACAAAUCCAGCUCCUCUCCAGAACUCCAAACCCUACCAGAGGCCUUCACCAAAGCUACGGCUUUGAGCACUGUGAGCGGAGAUGCACUCGGCUCCAAGAUGCAGGUGGUCCAGGCAUCAACUGAAAAGGAAGGCCCUGGAGAAGCAGCUUGGCAAUGGAAGAGUGUUGGAUCAGCCGGCCCGUCCAGUUCCAGUGCUAGUGUGUCUGUCUCGUCUUCAUCCACCUCCAGAAUGAAGCUGGAGUUUCCCACGUCCCAGCCUGGACCCCUCUCGCCCACAGGACACAGACCCCGUGGACACACCAUCUCUGUUUCUGCACCCUCAUCCCGAAGGGAGAGGAAGAUGGAUAGAGACUCCUACCACAACCGGGGAGGUCCAUCCAAUGCUGAGAAGAGCUCAGGACUCAGUCCUAGCUUUGUCUUCCUGCAGCUAUACCAUUCGCCCUUCUUCGGCAAUGAAGCCAACAAGCCCCUCCUACUGCCAAAAUCUCAGCUGAUAGAUCGAGCUGUUAAAGUCCUGGAUCAGAUGCCCCCGUAUGAUACUCACAAAAUUGGUGUGGUGUUUGUGGGAGCUGGUCAGGCGAAUAAUGAGGUGUCGAUCCUGUCCAACGAGUAUGGUUCUAACCGUUAUGCUCGGUUCCUCACGGGCCUGGGCAAACUCAUACACCUCAAGGACUGCGACCCAGACCAGAUCUUCCUAGGUGGGCUCGAUCAGUAUGGUGAUGAUGGCGAGUUCACCUACUGUUGGCAUGAUGACAUCAUGCAAGCUAUUUUCCAUAUAGCCACUCUCAUGCCCAACCGUGAGCGAGACAAGGGCUGCUGUAACAAAAAACGGCACAUUGGAAAUGACUUUGUGAUAGUUGUUUACAAUGACUCUGCGGAAGAAUAUAAACUGGGAACUAUCAAGGGCCAGUUCAACUUCGUGGAGGUGCUUAUAAAGCCUCUGGAUUACGAGAGUAACCUGGUCACACUGCAGUGCCGGAAAGAUCUUGAGGGUUUGGUCGACACCAGUGUGGCAAAGAUCGUAUCUGACCGGAAUCUUCCACUGCUCGUCAGACAGAUGGCAUUGCAUGCCAAUAUGGCGUCAUUGGUGCACCAGUGCAGGGCAAACCCGUCCGACGCGUACGCUUCAAAAUGGCUGGCGAGACUGAGACAAAUUAAGAGGAUCAGGACUCGGGCUCAGGAGGAAAUUCAGUCCCGCCCCUUACACGGAAUAUCGCUGAUGCAGAGCCACGCCCCCAUGCAGAAUAAACCUUCCCACCAGCCCUCUGGUUCUUCUUCAAACCAGGAUGCUGGCCAGAGGAAAAGAUUAGUAUCCACAGUGGAUGAUUUCACAGACUUUGUUUAGUGAUGAACCUUUCAAUCAUUGCGGUUCAGUUCACUUUAUUAAGUUCACAUUUACCACAGUUCAUUAAAGGGAUGUUUCACCCAAAAAUUAAAAUUCUGUAAUCGUUUACUCACCCUCAUGGAAAAGAUGCAAUGAAAGUACAGUGACUGAGGCUGUAAUUCUGCCUUAAAUCUCCUUUUGUGUUUCACAGAAGAAAGAGAAGUCAUACAGGUUUGAAACCACAUGUUCAGUAAAAAAAGGACACAUUUUCAUCAUUAUUUUUAGGUGGAGGGUAGUAACUUGCUGUUACUAUUCCAGUACAUGGUACCAGUAAGUGAAUGAGAUUCAUCUGAAACGCAGCCUCACUAAUGCUUGACAUGACUUUGUUGCAUUUAUUCAUCAUAAUUAAUUGUUAGCAUAUAAUGUAUUAGUAUAUGUCACGGUUAAUAUUGACCAAAAAAGAUUAAUGAAUGCUGCAAAAGUAUUGGUCAUUGUUACUUCACGUUGACUAAUGUUUACUUGUUCAACCUCAUUGCAAAGUUUUACCGAAAACAUUAAUACAUCCAAUGUAUUUUCACUGGAGUAAUGACGUCAGUGGGCGUAACUGAGAUUUGAAUUACUGUUGCCUUGUUUAUUUUCUUUUGUGUGCGCUGUCGUUAAUGCUAAUGAGAUUCUAAAGAACCAGCUGACUUGUGGGAAAAUACUAGAACACUAAACUGCAUAAACAAGAUUUGCGUGUGUGUGUGUGUGUGUGCGAUUCGCUACCAAACGCUUUAACAAAUACUUUUGUUGUUUUAUAAUACCUGCACUCUUGAAUAAAAUGAUGUCUAUAUCAUGCUC